CCUACUUAAAAAUAAAGUAGAAACAAAACGUAAAAUCAUUCUGGGCUCAGUGAUCCAACCGGUUUCAAACAGAGAAGUAAAAGUUACGUAAUUAAAUCCCUUUUGUAGUAACACUGAGAGCUAUAAUAUAAAGAUAUAAAACAAUAAUAUCGAAGUGCCCGUCACACGUCGACGAUAACAAUAUGUUAGGAAUAUUUGAAACACUCUGCGGCCUCACUAUAAUUAUUCUUCUUCUUUAUUAUUAUCUGAUCUCGAUGUUCUAUUACUGGAAGGUUCGUGGUGUUAAAGGACCUCGACCUAUUCCUCUGUUCGGCAAUCUCAUGGAUAUCUUAUUUGAUAAAACGAAUCUGUCAGACUAUUUAGUACAUCUUUAUAAUUCCUACAAGGACGAACCAUACGUCGGUAUUUUCUUUAGAAGUAGACCGAUACUCUUAAUAAAAGAUCCACAAUUAAUAAAGGAUAUCUUAAUCAAAGACUUUUCCUGUUUCCCUCAACGAGGCACAACCGUAACCAAAAAGAUAGAUCCAUUGACGGAAAAUCUAAUCUUUAUCGAAGCAUUGAGAUGGAAACCGUUAAGGAAUAAAUUGACACCUGCAUUUUCUUCCGCUAAACUAAAGGAAAUGUUCCCAUUGAUAAUAAUCUGCUCAGAUCAUUUGAAGCAAUAUAUUAAUAAGCUACCUAAUAACGUUAUUCUUAAUGUGGGUGAAUUAACCACUAAAUACACUAUAGACAUAGUAGGUAAUUGUGCAUUUGGAAUCGAAAUGAAUGCACUUAAGAUCAAUGAAGAAAAUGAAUUUAUAAAAAUGGGGAAAGAUAUAUUCAGUAUUAAUAUAAUGCCAAUAUUAAGAUACCGUCUGCAAACACAUUUUCCGGAAAUUUACAAUCAUCUCGGCUUUCUAUUCGGAAAUACUCGUCAAAGUUCUUUCUUUUCGGAUAUCGUUAAGCAAACAAUGGAAUACAGAAUAGAAAACAACGUCGUUAGGCACGAUUUCAUAAAUAUUUUGAUGGAAUUGAAAAGCAAUCCGGAAAAGCUUGGCGAAGAGAUCGAACUAACGGACAGCUUAUGCGCCGCCCAAGCUUUCGUGUUCUUUGCAGCUGGUUUCGAAACAUCUUCCUCGACUAUAUUAUAUAUUCUUUACGAAUUAGCUCAAAAUCAUAAAAUACAAGACAAACUUCGUAAAGAGAUCAAUGAAGAAUAUGAAAAAAAUAAUGGUAUUUUAAAGUUCGAAUCUAUAAGAACGCUAAAAUAUUUACAGGCAGUAAUGAAAGAAACACUAAGGAAACAUCCACCAAUAACGAAUUUAUCCAGAGAUUGCAUGGUACCUUCUUACACAUUCAGAGGUACUAAACUUACUGUACAGAAGCAUCAAAGAAUAUUUAUAUCUAUAACCGGAUUACACCACGAUCCAAACAUUUAUCCGAAUCCAGAUGUUUUUGAUCCUGAACGAUUUUUGACCGAAAAUAAUAAAAUUAACGAUGGAACGUAUAUACCUUUUGGUAGAGGACCUCGUAACUGUAUUGGAGAAAAAUUUGCAGAGUUGCAAGUGAUAUGUGGAGUGGCAACAUUCUUACGGAAUUGUAAAGUCGACGUCUGUGAAAAAACAGAAAUUCCAUUUAAGAGCAGUAGGUCAGACUUCUUGUUAAUAUCAAAGAACGGAAUCUACUUAAAAAUCAGUAAAAUUAACAAAGAAUAACUGAAUUGCUUUGUUAUAAAAUAUAUUCAAUACUUAAUUCCAUUGUUGAUCGUAUAUUUUUGUCAUUUGUAAUACAAAUUUAGUAAUAUAUAUUAUAAAUAAAUAAAUAUAUAUGAUACAUACAUAUAUAUAUAUAUAUAUAUAUAUAUAACUUAUAAAUUAUUCUGGAUUCUGUAGAAUAAAAAAUUAUUAAAAUAAAAAAUAUGAAAGGAAUGCGAUGUUUUUUAUCGCAAGAGAGAUUAUUAAUUUUAUAAAAAGUAAAACUUUAAAUAUCAUGAAAGUAAUAAAAAGGAUCGUAAUUUAUGCAAAAUUAAUAAAACAGUCUACGUGCUGAUUAUAUGUAUUUAUAUAUGGUAAAAUGUGUGUAUGAAUUUAUAUAUAUACACCAUUAUUCUUCGUGUAACAAAACAUUGGAUAAAAAAUAUUCGUACAGAAUGUUUUUACAGGAAACUUUCCGUACAGGAAAACUGAAGAUAUUUAUUUAUAAGAAUUAUAUUUAUGUAUCAGCUCGUUUGGUCAACAGAAGCGAUAGAUUUGAACAAUUAAUCUCAUUUUGCUUUACACGUGACACGGUAUGUUUUCAAUCAUAAUCUUCUAUCAAAAACAUUAUCUAAAAAAUUCUACGUUAUAUAUUCAAUAUACAUAUUUUAAAACCUUCUAAAUAUUUUAGAAAUUUCGAAAUACGCUGUAUAUGUAAAAUGUUAAAUUAUUCCUCUAUAUCUUGAAUUGAUCACAGUAAGUUACAACAUCAACGCCUACAACAUAUUAGUUUCGUAAAAUCGUUCCUUCACACUUUCUACGCAGCUGAUCGAACUCGUCUUGAAAAAUUUUAUUUCGCGGGAUAAAUAAUAUGUCAUGUUUCUAAUAUCUUCUAAUAAAAUGAAGAACUUUCGCUGUCGUGAAAAAUAAUUGGCUUGCAAUUGUUCAAAUUUUGCUCAAUGAAUAAAUCGAUGUUCAAAACGUCGUAAUGUUCCUUUUUGAAUAAAUUCCUAAUUAAACAUCGAUAAUAAAUAUCAUUUUUUUCUAUGUAUCAUCCAACAAUAAAUGUACCAUAAUCAAAAACAAUAUUACCAGGAACUUUAUCAAACGUCGUUAAAAAGAAAUAAUAAUAGACAUAUCAUUCGAUCAUUUAAUCUGAAGCUAUGAAUGUGUAAAAACGAAAUGUGAUGUAAUUAAUUAACAUUCAAUAGCCUCGUUAUGUAAACCUUUUUCAAUAAUUGCUUUCAAAACUAUGUAUGCAGAUCUAGGCAAUUUUUUUUUUUUCAAUAAAUAAAAAGUGUGUGAUCCUAUAAAAAUAAGAUUUGGAUUGAUUGAUACGAGAAGAAAAAAUAUCACUUGUAAUGACAAUGUAAUCGAUGCAAAUCGAUCAUCAUCUCAAUAUGAUCUCUUAUGUUAAUAAUAUAAAAAAAACUUCUCAUCUGUAAUUACAAGCAAUAAA